AUAAUUUUUUGUUUUUUGUUAAAGAAUCUAAAAAUCAAUCUUAUUAUACACCUCUAAGUUUGACUGCAGAACUGAAGAAUUGGAGGUGCAAAGAUGGAGAAGAUGAUCGCAGUAGGCAUAGUAUGGGGCGCAACAAACGCUGUCAUGCGCCGUGGUGCACUUCUCUGGGAUGAAGCACUCAAAUCCUCCAAACAACCACAUCCUCCCUCAACAAAUCUCUCCCAAAAAAUCUCAAUCUCUCUACGCAACUGGCUUAAGCUUCUCUCGAUCUGGCAAUACUCCAUCCCCUUUCUCAUCAACCUCUCCGCUUCCGCCACUUUCUUCUCCAUUCUUUCUGACGCUCCUCUCUCCCUCGCCGUCCCCGUCACCAACGCCACCACCUUCGCCUCCACCGCUCUCUUUGCUACUCUCCUUGGUGAACAAUCCAACCUCCCUCGCACUUUCUUUGGUACCGCUCUCAUCAUCAUCGGCAUUUGCUUAUGUAUCAAUUCAUAACUUCCUUUCUUUCUGUUUCAUUUUUUUUUUAUUGUAAAAUGUUAUGUGUAAUUGGAUUUACGAAAUUCAAAUUCAAUUUUGUCAUUUUUUUUUCUUCAAAUUAUUACAGGUGUGAGGUGUCGGCUUGUCAGUGUUAGUAGAUUAUAUAUCCAUAGCUUAGGGUUCA